UUUUGAUUAUAUUAAGUGGAUAUUAAAAUUAGUAGCCAAAAUCUAUUAGAAUAUAAAUACAUGUUAAAAAUAAAUUAAACUAACAUGUAUUUAUACAUAAAUAUUUUAAUGUAUAACUAAUAUUUUUGUAUAAAUUUAGUCAAACAUAUCAAAUUUAAUUAUGCAACUGUUUUGAGCUAUUAUCUUCAAUUUUCUGUUGUGAAACUGCAACAUGUAAAAAAAAAAACAAAAAUAUAAUUGCAGAUAUUCAUUAAGUAUAUUUCAUAUCUCUGUGAUAUAUUGAUCUGUCCAUAAUUCUUAAUAAGAUAACUGAAAUUUUACCGAGUAUUUUAAAAGAUGACUAAGAAAAGGGUCACAUAUUCCAAGAAAAUUGGCACUAUUUUAGGCCUCCUUGUGGAUGUGGUGUUGCGUCAUACUUUGCAAAUUUGUUAUCUGGAAAACCAUGCAUUUUCUUUUCUUUUUUCGACAUUUUAUUAAUUUUUUCUUCUCAUUUUCUUCUUCAUCAUAUCUGUUAAGUUUUCCAGGUAACCUUAGUUUUUUGUUUCAGUUACUUGGACCUUGGAAUCAGUUAGAAACAGGAGACAUGUUAGGUUGGGUUGAUCCAUGUUUGCAUUAUUACAAGAAAUUGUUGAUUAGCAGAUUCUAUUUUAUGAUAAAAAGUUGACAAAAAGCAUCAUCAUGAUGUGAUGAUUGAGAAUCCAAGCAUCAAAUUCAAAUGGAUAAUAAUAAUAAUAUCAAGAAAGAACAAGUUUUCUUACAUGGUGACUUGGAUAUUUAUGUAAUAGAAGCAAAAUCUCUUCCAAACUUGGAUCUUUCUUCAGAAGCAGUAAGAAGAUGCCUGAGCAUGGGGAACUUCUUCACAUCACCAUUCUCAAAGAAAAUGAGGAGUUCAGGGAAAGAUAAGAUGAUAACAAGUGACCCUUAUGUCUCUGUAGUCAUAGCAGGUGCUACCAUAGCUCAAACUAGAGUGAUUCCAAACAGCGAAAACCCGAUUUGGGACGAGCAUUUCAUCAUGCCGGUUGCUCACCCUGCUCACAAGAUUGAGUUCAUUGUGAAGGACAAUGAUGUUCUUGGUGCUGAGUUAAUUGGUGUAGUUGAUAUUCCUGUUCAGAGGGUAGUCUCAGGGGAAAACAUAGAUGAUUGGUUUCCAAUCAUCGGACAGUACUCUAAUUGCUUGCAGGCUUAUCCUGAGCUGCAUAUUUCGAUUCAGUUUUGGCCGGUCGGAGGCGUUAAGGAUGAUAUUUGUAGUGGUGAUAGUGGAGUUCCUAAGACAUAUUUUCCAUUGAGGAAAGGAGGGAAUGUGACUCUGUAUCAAGAUGCACAUGUUCCUGAUGGAAUGCUACCUGAUAUUGAAUUGGAUGGUGGAAAAGUGUUUCAAGCUGGUAAAUGUUGGGAGGAUAUUUGCCAUGCAAUUUUGGAAGCUCAUCAUUUGAUAUAUGUUAUUGGUUGGUCAGUUUAUCAUCCAAUAAAGCUUGUUAGAGAGCCAACAAGGCCAUUGCCUUGUGGUGGAGAGCUUUCACUUGGAGAGUUGUUGAAGUACAAAUCACAAGAAGGUCUUAGAGUUGUUAUGCUCAUUUGGGAUGACAGAACUUCACAUGACAAGUUCCUUAUCAAAACUGAUGGAGUGAUGCAAACUCAUGAUGAGGAAACCAAAAAGUUCUUUAAAAACUCUGCUGUUCAUUGCGUGCUAUCUCCGCGUUAUGCAAGCAAUAAGCUCAGUAUUUUCAAGCAACAGGUUGUGGGAACCCUCUUUACUCAUCAUCAGAAAUGUGUGCUUGUGGACUCACAAGGUGCAGGGAAUAAUCGGAAAAUAUCUGCUUUUAUUGGUGGUCUGGAUCUCUGUGAUGGCAGAUAUGAUACACCUCAGCAUAGGCUAUUUCGCGAUUUAGAAACCGUUUACAAAGAGGAUUUUCAUAAUCCUACAUUUCAAGUAGGUUCUAGUGGAGGUGGACCAAGAGAGCCAUGGCAUGACAUGCAUUGCAAGGUUGAAGGGCCAGCAGCUUAUGAUAUAUUAACCAAUUUUGAACAAAGAUGGAGGAAAGCCAAAAAAUGGCGAGACUUUAGACUCAACAAGGUCACGAAUUGGCACGACGAUGCAUUGCUAAGGCUAGAUCGGAUAUCAUGGAUUGUCAGUCCAUCUUCGAGUUCUGGUGAUGAUAAAGCUAUCCAGGUGACCGACGAAAAUGAUCCUGAAACUUGGAAUGUGCAGGUAUUUCGGUCCAUAGAUUCAGGAUCAGUGAAGGGUUUUCCAAAGGAUUUCGACAAGGCUCAGUCUCAGAAUCUUUUAUGUGGAAAGAAUUUAAAAGUAGACCAAAGCAUUCAUACUGCUUAUGUUAAAGCAAUAAGAUCAGCCCAACACUUCAUUUAUAUUGAGAAUCAGUAUUUUCUGGGCUCAUCAUAUCAUUGGCCUUCAUAUGAAAAAGCAGGUGCAAACCACUUGAUUCCAAUGGAGUUGGCCUUAAAAAUUUCUAGCAAGAUCCGAGCAAAUGAACGUUUUGCUGUAUACAUAGUUAUACCAAUGUGGCCAGAGGGGGUUCCAACAAGUAAUGCUGUUCAGGAAAUCUUAUUCUGGCAGGGACAAACAAUGGCUAUGAUGUAUAAGAUCAUUGCAGAUGCACUUAAAGAUGCUCAAGUCUCCCAUAUAUAUCAUCCACAUGAUUUUCUCAACUUUUUCUGCCUUGGAAAUAGAGAACCUGAGGCCACACCAACUCCAUCACCACAUAGAGAAUCAUCUGAAAACCGUGGUUUGGGAUCAGUCAAGAAAUUCAAACGUUUCAUGAUUUAUGUUCAUGCCAAAGGAAUGAUAGUUGAUGAUCAAUACGUAAUCAUUGGAUCAGCAAACAUUAACCAGAGAUCAAUGGAUGGUUCAAGAGACACAGAAAUAGCCAUGGGUGCUUAUCAACCAAAAUAUACUUGGAAAGAAAAAAACUGGCAUCCACAUGGCCAGGUGUAUGGAUACCGGAUGUGGCUGUGGGCCGAGCACCUUGGCAGUCUUGAUGACAGAUUCAAAGAGCCUCAUAGCUUGGAAUGUGUAAGGACUAUGAACAACAUAGCCAAACAAAACUGGAACACAUUUGCAUCCGAUAGAAUCAGUCAUAUGAAAGGGCACUUGAUGCUGUAUCCAGUUAAGGUUGGCAGAGAUGGAAAAGUCACUGCACUUGAUAAUUGUGAUUCAUUUCCUGAUGUUGGUGGCAAAAUUCUUGGAGCUGCAAAUUCUCUUCCAGACACCUUAACCACAUGAUGAAAUAACCAUCAAUGAUCAUUAACCAAAACUUCUUCAAGAAUUGCUUGCAGCACAAAAAAUUGUAAUAUAGAAUGUGGAGUAUCUUUGAAGAAAACAUUAGAGGUGUAACAUAAAUACAUAAUAUCCUAAGUUGGUUGGACAGGGUAACGAAACAUGACAUGAGGCCAUGAGGGUAUAUAUGAUUCUUUGUUGUGACACAUUUUAAAACCGUGAGGGACUUCUAAGUGUACAAUAUCACAAAUGAGUAAAAUGGGAUGUCACAAUA